AGACAGUGCUGAGUAAUUCUGAGUGAAUUUAAUCAAUGGGAAAUUCUGUUCGGGCAUUAUUACGUGUUUCAGCAGUCGCAAAAGAAAAGUCUGAUGAUUGUGGAUCUGUUCUCUCUCCAGCAAUGGCUUCUGGGAAAUGUUUUACAGAUUUACCAGAUGUGCUGUUGUUAGAGAUUUUGUCAUACUUGAAUAUUGAAGACCUUGCAAUGUCUGUACAACAUGUUAAUUCACACUGGCAGAAUGUGUCACAAGAUAGUUCACUAUGGAAAAACCAAACCUUCAGUCCUGGGUGCAAGAUGACCGACGAAGAAAUUGCAAGACAUCUCAGGAAUAUGCCAGCAUUACAAGCCUUCUGUCCAAGUGGAAGAAUCAACACAGAAGUCAUUGUUGAUACACUGUGCAGAUACUGUAUAGAUAUUCGACAUAUAGAAUUCAAGUAUUUCCAUGAACUGAGUAAUUCCAGAUUGCAUGAAAUUCUUAUAAAAUUUCCCAAUAUAGAAAAAAUGUGUAUCCCCUUCCCCAUAGAAGAUCAGUUACAUUUUGCGGAUCUAGUUGGACAACUUCAGAAAUUGAGAAUAAUAAUUUUUCACGCACAUAAUGUCCCAGUUGCAGAUGGGGUACUUAGAGCAAUUGCUGACGGAUGUCCAUCUCUGCAAUGCUUAGAUCUAGGAUUUGGGAUAUUCCAAAAUCAAGAUGUUGAAUACUUUUUGGAAAAAAAGGGACAACAGCUUUUGUCGUUCUGUUAUAGAGGCUACAUGUCAAAUGUAGCCCACAGAUUCUUGACAGAAUGUGCAAAUCUGGAAUAUCUCGUUUAUGAACACUGUAAUGAAGAUCUGCCAAGUACAGACAUACAGUGUCUCUCAAAAUUGUCAGAAAUGCGCAAUUUGACACUAAUAGCUAUUAAAGAAGAUCAGACACGAAAUGUAUCCACCAUAUUUAAGAAUGAGUCAAUGUCUAAAUUAAUUACUUUAGACUUAUAUCUCUGUGAUGAUUUUGAUGGUUCAUCAUUAGCUGUGAUUUUGACAAACUGCCCUCAACUCCAAAGACUUACUGUUCGAGACUGUGCACUAACAGAUUAUGGUUUCCAGUAUAUUGGUAACUGUAAGAAUCUACAACUUCUUGAUACUGCUGGUUGUUCUUUAAUCACAGACAAAAGCAUGGAAUAUGUUGGUGCUGGAUGUCCAAACCUCAAUCAUCUUUAUGUUGCACAGUGCUACCAGCUGACAAACAAAGGCAUUGAAUAUGUUUGCUCAGGCUGUCAGAAACUGAAGUACCUCAGUAUUCAAGGUUGUCCUGAAACGACAGAUGAUGUCAUGGAACACAUAUUCAAAUGCAAACAACUUGAGGUUCUUGAACUUUCAUGUAAUUCUCAUCUAUCAGGAAUUCAUUUUCCCCUGAUUCCAUCAAAUCUCGUCCAUUUGAAUGAACUCCGUGUUCAUGAUUGCUUUUCAUUAGAUGAAAAAUGUAUGAGCAAACUUAAAGAAGAAAUGCCACACCUGUUAAUUGUAGGAAAUUAUACCAAAAAUUAGGAAACUGAUUUUAACCUAGCACAUGCAACAUAUUUCAUUUCUCAGUUACUGUGAAAAUGAAGUAAAAUUUGGUAUACAAAAAAUUAUCUAAUCCUCAAGAAAAAUAAUCUGUGAAAUAAUCUAUACUUUGUAUAAAUAAUCAUACAGUAUAUUAUUAUUUCUUCUUAUGUCUUCACACUGCUGAUAUUUUUUUUAUCUGUACACUGUGUGAUGUUUUACAUUGAAUGUGACUGUUUAUUAAUGAAACAAGAAAUUAGAGUUGUGCAAUAUAGGAGGCAAAGAGUGAAAUUAAAUUAUAUAUAUAAUAAUAUAAUAAUUAUUUUGUGAAUGUAUAAGAGGUGGACCUUCUUGGCCCUUGCAUCGCAACCACAGUGAUCUAUUGAUUCUAACUGGGAAAUUGUUGGAUAUGGUGUGCUUCAGGGAUCGGUGUUGGGACCCUUACUCUUUAAUAUAUACAUAAACGAUUUCCCACUUGAAAUAAAUAACAUUUUGGAAAUUAUUAUGUUUGCAGAUGACACAAGUAUUCUUUGCACAGCUAAAGACUACUAUAAUUUAAAAAUAAAAUUGGAUGUUGUUUUUAAUCACAUGUUUACGUGGUUUCAAAAUAAUCAACUAGUGUUAAAUCUGGAUAAAACAAAAGUGAUAAAAUUCACCCCAACAGCAGCUACAAGCUACCCUCUAUAUACAUUGUUUUUUAACAAAAAGCUGAAAGAAGUAAAAAACGAUAAAAUUUCUUGGUUUGCAGCUGGACAAUCAUCUGAUUUGUAAGGGACAUAUCGAUUUUUUGCUUCACAAAUUGAGCACAGUUUGUUUUCUAAUGCAAAAAUUAUCCUGUGUAUUAAAUAUAAAUAGUCUUAUAGCUGUAUAUUAUGCAUAUUAUCAUUCAUUGGUGAAAUACAUCAGUCAU